AGAGAGGGUUUAAACAUUCACAGGUUGAUGACGUGUAGACAUGAAAUGCUAUUAGUGAGUAUUGAUUCGCAUCUGGGAACGGUAUAAAAAACUAAAUGAUGGGAGAAAGAUCUAUGUUUUCCAAAGAAGAGAGAAAUUUUUGGAUUCUAGAUGUUUUAAUUAAGCACGUUGCUCCUCCAGCAGUGAGGAAGCGAUUCGAUAUCAUUGUGCCACCAAAAGACUUAGCCAACAUGCUAAACAAUAAUGCCAAGAUACUUCAAAAGCUUUUUAGUAAAAAAGUCAUCAAUAUUUAUCAACAACGUUUACUCCUUCGUGUUCCAGGCGUGAAACUACCAACAAUGUCUGUGUCAUCUGGAAUGAAAGCUACUUCUUCGGAAGACUUUGAUGUAACCUUGAUGAUUUGCCUUCUUCGAAAUCUAAACCUUGUGUCCGAACCUGCCACCGGAUGGGACCGAGUUCCACUUGACAGUGACAAUUCCCUGGGUACGAAUAUGACCAGAAUCAAAGAGUACAGAAACAAGUUAGCUCAUCCAUCAAAGAAUCGAAUGGGAGAUAAUUCAUUUAAAAAGAUAUGGACCUCUUUAAAAAAGUCAUUGAGCGAGAUUAGUGAAGGCGGAACUGAUAAGAAGGUACAUGAGAUAGAAACAUUUGACUUUGGGGGAUCCAACAGAGAACAGCUUCUAUGUAAAAUACAACAGGGUUUACAUGAAAUGCAGAAAGAGUUGCAAUUCCAUCGUAAUCUGAAAGAAAAUUCAACAAACGUGUUACAAGAAUGGAAGUUCGAAUUGGAGGUGUUCUACAGAACUAGGGGUACAUCGGAGGUGUUAGACAAAAUUCGGACUAACAACACAGUAACGAUAAUUGGAAACUCUGGUUCUGGAAAAUCGGCAACAAUGAAGUAUGUAGCCUUCCUACUUAAAGAAGAAGGAUAUGAAAUAACCCCGGUAAGCUCAGCCACUGAUAUCCCAGUUCACAGAUUCAGUGACCGAAAACAAAUAUUUGUUAUUGAUGAUAUAUUUGGUAAAUAUAAAGUCGACACUGUGAUGUUUGAGUCGUGGAGAAGACUAGAUUACCGUCUCAAGGUCAUAUUUAGGGACAGAAACGCCAAGCUGCUGUGUACUUUGCGACGACAGUUGCAGAACGAUAUCAGUCAGUUUAUAGAUGAAACAAUCUUUGAUACAACUGUUGUUGACCUUGACUCAUAUGAUUUAGCCCUGUCUGAAAUCGAAAAGAAGGGAAUACUUGAAAAUCAUUUGUUACAUCGAAAGAUAGAGAUACAAUUUGAUGAUGUUUCAAUCAACAGAAUAUGUAUCUCUAACUAUGCAUUUCCAUUAAUGUGUAAAUUGUUUUCCUCAAAUUCCGAUUUCUUAAACAAAAAGGCAAACUUUUUUACUUUCCCAUCAGUAAUCCGUAAAGAAUUUGACCACUUACAGAAAGAAAAUAAGAAGGUGUAUUGUGCUUUGGUGCUAAUUAUUAUUUUUGAUUGUGAAGAGCUGAAAAACAUUUUUGAUAUAACUUGUGAAAUCAAUAGAAGGGAUGAUUACAAUUUGGUAUUACAAGCAUGUGGUGUAGGAGAAUCUAUUGCAAGGACAUGCCUAUAUGAUAAGUUACUUUCUGUGUCUGGUGUUUUUGUAGGAUCAGAUAAUCCUUUCAUAUUCAUUCAUGAUAAUAUUGAAGAAAAUGUUGCUUACCAUUUUGGCUCUCAUUCUCCAAAGAUAAUGCUCCAGUGCUGUAAAAGAGCAUUUUUAAGAGAACGGAUUCGAAUUACACGACAUGGAAUGGACGAUGAAAAUGUUUUAGUUAUAACGCCUUCAUCCUAUGACGCACUGUCACAAAGAUUUUUGAAGGAGAUUUUGAAUGGGAAAGGAUUCGACCCGGCAUUGGCUGUUUAUGGCCUAGCGAAUGUGGAAAAAAUAAACACUGAUUUGUAAUAAAUCUGAGUGUUUAUUUCUUCUGUAUAGGACAGAUACCGUUCAACGAUGGGGGGCUUAAACAUGACCGGAUGCUGGUAAUAGUACACUAAGUGCUAAAAUCAACAAAAGACUAUAUAUUUCCGGGAAAAUCGCCGAUUUAGUCAACCUUGAGCUCAAAUUUAUUUAAUAUCGGGUUAUCGACGGCAAAAUAUUAAAUUAGAAUAUGAAAAUUCAAACAUUUGAAAAUAGUUUUGAGUGAAAAAAAAAUGCCGUCAGGAACCCGCUAUAUCGAAAUUAAAUUAAUUAAGAAUUAGCGGUAAGCGCUAAAACUGUCGUCUGGUCAUCGGCGUCGUCGCGUCUAUAGAAACAGCGAUGCAUUUCACAGCAACUGAUUAACACGGUGCAAUCCGCAAUCCACUUUCAAGGUAAGUUCAUUGAUAGAUUAUACUAAAUAAUGAGACUAUUCAAAAUGUCUUACAUUUACACUGUCAGGUGAAGGAGAUGUUUAUAGUUCAUUUAAUAAUCUGGGUUAAGUUGAUAAAUAUUUUUCCCACAUCUAUGUAUUAGCCUUACAUUUGUUAGUAGAAGUAAUAUACAGAGCCUAUCAUAUCGCUAAGAAUAAAUAUAAUUUUUCUAAUUUAGAAUGAUUACAUCAUUAAAUGCACUGCGUUCCUAUUGAAUUUAUUAUCUUAAAAUAUAGGCCUAUAUAUACGAUCUCCCUAACCAAAUUCAGCGACAUUAUGCAGCAUGUCGAACGUAAUACAUUCCGAGAAUGUUGUUGUACAUUACUGUCACUUUAAUACUACACUACUCUGAGUUACAAACUUCCAAAAUAUGUCAUGCUCAAUUUUUUUUUAAUUUCUUUAUAACUU